AUGACGGGAAGGACCAGAGGAGGAAGAUCAGAGAGGAAUGAGGAGUUGGAGACAGUUAGAGAAGAACUCCGAGAAGUAAGAAGAGAGUUGAGAGAAACUGUUGAAUUGAUGAGAGGCCAGGGUUCAAGGAGAGCAGGAGGUACCCAGGGCCAUGAGGAUUCAGGCCACUCACAUAGGAGGAGCCGCACUGAGAGGCCAGUAAUGAGCCAAAUGGAAGCAAUGAAGAGGUUCAUGGUGAUGCAACCUCCAUCUUUUAAUGGAGAGCCCAGUGCUGAAGCAGCUGAGCAUUGGUUGAGGAGGAUGAGAAGAAUUCUGGUGGGAUUGGACAUACCUGAGGAAAGAAGGGUAGGUCUGGCAACAUAUAUGCUUGUGGACAAAGCUGAUUUCUGGUGGGAAUCAAUGAAAAGGGUGUAUGACACUGAGGUUAUGACCUGGGAGGAAUUUGAGAGAAUCUUCCUAGGCAAGUAUUUUGGGGAAGUGGCUAAGCAUGCCAAGAGGAUGGAGUUUGAGCACCUCAUCCAAGGAACCAUGUCAGUGCUGGAGUAUGAGUCACGUUUCUCAGAGUUGUCUCGUUUUGCUUUGGGAAUGAUCAGUGAGGAAGGAGAAAAGGCUAGGAGGUUCCAGCAGGGGUUGAGGCCUGCUAUUAGGAACAGAUUAGUCCCACUGGCAAUAAGGGAUUAUUCUGAGUUGGUUAAGAGGGCUUUGUUGGUGGAGCAGGACAUUGACGAAACCAACCAAAUUCGAGAGCAAAAGGGGGAAAGAAAAGGGAAACAAAGAAUGGAGGAAAGUUCUCAGGGGCCACAGCAGAGGCAGAGGACUCAACAGUUUGAGAGGCGUCCCUCGUUCUAUGCAAGAGGGGGGCAGAUUGCUCAGGGGGCGGCUGCUAAUAGAGUAUGUUAUGGUUGUGGAGCAGGAGACCAUUUAUGGAGGGCUUGCCCAUUGCGAGGCACAUAG